ACAGCUGCAGUUAUCUGUCUUCCCUAACACGAAUGCACAAUGAUCAGCUCGCGCGCCAUCUCCUUCCUCUUCGUGCUCCUGCUGUGUUCCAUUGCCGGUGCCGCGUCGUCUGAGCAACGACACCGUUUCUCCAAGAUCUACGCCUUCGGGGACUCCUUCACUGACACCGGCAACACCCACUCGACCACCGGGCCUUACUCCUUUGGCUAUGUCUCAGGACCCCCCUACGGCGCCACCUUCUUUCACCACUCCACCAACAGAUACUCCGACGGCCGACUCGUGGUGGACUUCCUCGCCGAUGCGCUCUCACUCCCAUUCCUGCCUCCUUACCUCGACAGGUCCGCCGACUCCUCCCACGGAGUGAACUUCGCGGUCGCCGGAUCGACGGCGAUCGAGCACGACUUCUACGUCAAGAACAAUGUGACAGUGGACAUCACACCGCAGUCCCUGAUGACGCAGCUCGCCUGGUUUGACAACCACCUAGAGGAGAAAGGCUGCAAACGGCGCGGUUCGUCAGAAUGCCAAGCGGCGAUCGCAGACACGCUCUUCUGGGUCGGCGAGAUCGGGGCCAACGACUACGCAUACAGCUUGACCUCCACCCUGUCACCUGAUAUCAUCCAGAAACUCGCACUAAAGAACGUCAACAACUUCAUCGAGGCACUGGUUCUCCGGGGUGCCAAGUACAUCAUCGUUCAAGGUUUGCCUCUGACAGGGUGCCUUCCACUCGCCUUGACACUGGCUCCAUCGGACGACAGAGACGAUAUCCAAUGCUGUGCGACCGUAAACCGUCAAAGCUACAACCACAAUGUGAUUCUUCAGAACAACUUGCAGGAACUCAGGAAGAGAUAUCCCCAUGCCAUUAUCUCGUAUGCCGACUAUCUUGGGGCACACCACACAGUGAUGAAGAACCCGGCAGCUUAUGGUUUUACAGAGCCAUUGAAGGCGUGCUGUGGCAGUGGGGGAGGUUCAUACAACUUCGACCUGUUUGCUACCUGUGGCUCGCCGAAUGUUACUAAAGCUUGCUCGCAGCCAAGCAAGUUCGUAAAUUGGGAUGGAGUUCACCUUACUGAGGCAAUGUACAAGGUGGUGGCAGACAUGUUCUUUAGCCAUGGUUAUUGUAGACCACCAUUCAGUGUGCUGCUGAAUGCUGAAAGUCAGGGUUAAAUGCUCAUCCUAUAUGAUGUCCUUAUUGAUCUUUGAAACCUUUUUAAUAAAAGAAAGUCGUUGCAACACAA